AUGUCGUCCGAGGCGCGAAAACGGACGGCAGAGCCCACCGACGACGAGCUGCCAGCCAAGAGGCAACGAAGCGUGGAGGGCGACAUCGACUCGGCCGUGGAACAACUGCAGGCAUUGAAUAUCGCACCUUCCAUCACCCAUGAGGAGAUGGCGCGCGCUGGACUGCGUCGCGCCAUCGCCCUCGCCUUGAAGCAUGUUGGAUUCGACUCGGCCGCGAAGGAUGCCAUGGAGAUGUUUACAACGAUGGUGGAAGAGUAUGUCGAGUCGCUCUUCGGGACUGUCAAGAUCAAUGCCAAUGCUGCUCGCCGUUCCCAACCCAUUCCUCGCGACUUUGAGCGCGCGUUGAAGUACUUCAACCUGACCACCACUGCGCUCGAACCACACAAGAAGAAUCCCAUUCCAAGAGCCAAGAGGAUACCUGAAUACGAGCCGAUACCAGAGCGCGAUCCCGUUUUCGUCGACAUGCCAGUACUCGGCGCGGAGCUGGACGGUGCUCGCGACAAGGAAUCUAAACUCUACAUCCCCAAGUCGUUCCCUGCCUUUCCAAGCAUUCAUACCUACAGAUACACGCCUGAGACGGUUGAGACCGCUACCGUGGUGGACGACUGGGGGAGCUUUGCUUCGGAUUCACAAUCCCAGACGCUCAACGGAUCACAAGCCACGCCACAGCCGCAACGACCGCUUGCACCCGAGGAGAUUCCCCAUGGCGAUCCCAAGAAGCUGCGCGAGGCUGCCGCAAAGGAAGCAAAGGCAGGGGAGGCGGCUCUACGAAGGUUGAUGCGCGCCUCCAAGAUCGCGAAGCAGAAAGAGGUCUGGACUUCGGCGCAGUCUCGGCCAGCGAGGCGGGAGCGUCAUGAGCUUUGGGAGUCUGCUAUGCGCGAGUUCAUCGAGGAUGACACGAGGGCCAGCGGCAAAGAGGUGGCGUCAGGAGGGUUGCAUGGCGAGAAGGGCAGGUUCGAGAUUGCCGAUCAUAGCAUGAUUGUCAACACGGAGAAGCGCUAUUUCAGGCAUGAAGUCCCUCGAAGUGGUGCCAGGAAGGCUUUGGCCGCCGCUCAGGGUAUCUCCAGCAAGGGUUGA